GAUCAAUAACGUUUUACUUCCUUCUUCGGGUAUUAUUUUGUUUAUUUAUAUCUAUACGCCAAUACCUACACGAAUGGAAACACCAGUAAGCCCACCUGACCUUUUGAUUUGACAUCAUAAGAUACAACAAAGCACUAGAAUGACAAUGCCUUGAACAAUGGACAACAAUUAUGUUACCGUACAGAACUGUAAAGGAAAGGUUGUAAAACUUCCAUUGAACAAAUUCAACUUAGAUUCUAUAGAAAAUGCUUUUCCAGGUAUGCAAGAAAUAUAUUACAUUGACAACAAAGAUAAAAUUCCUAUCAUGUUAAAUCGAGAGAAUAACACAGUUGUAAUGCCGCCUGCCGCAACUCUGGACCCUCCUUCUGGUGUUUUCGUGGUCACUGACCAAGAUGGACUCAUUGAAGGAUUUCAUCCACUGACAGGAUUUUGUGAUUGGACAGAAUGGUCUAAGGUGGUAGAAUCUACCGUUACAUCCGGUCCGUCUUUACUACGAUCAAACCUUACCCAUUUAAUGGAUAUUGGCUACAUGGUUGUUUGUGGAAUACAAGUUGAGAACUGGACAAAGUUUCCAUUAACGAACCCACACACGACUCUCGAAUGGGGAUAUUUAUCAUCACCAGCAACAAAUAUUCAACCUGGAACUCGAGAAGCAAUGGUCAGUCACAAAUGUGGUUUUACUGCAACUGGAACUUCUGGAACUGUAUCCUGGUUGAUAAAUGGCACGGAUAGACGUUUGGUAAUUGGAUGGUCUGCGCCAUUUAAUUUUGACUUUUAUUCAAAUCAUUUAAUAUUGGGUUUGACCAAUAAAGGAAACAAAAGACACUAUAAAACAUGGUUUGAGACAAUGUACUAUGGACAAGAAGAUAAAUUAAUCAUAUUCGAGAGAGUUAAAUGUAGAUUUACUAGCAAUGAAGUCCUGCUCGAUGACGAUCGGUUUGAAAUUACCGGAACUAUGGAUAACAGUCACAAACCGGAAGUCAAAGUUAUCAUAAAACCUAAACGAUGGGAAAAUUUAGCUUCAAAGUUAAAAAAUUAGAAAAACAAUUUAUAAAAAUUGUCUAAUUCUUGAUAUAUUACCGUCCGUUUUUGAAAAAUAUACUAGACUAAGUGUACACUUGGAGAUC